CGGGUACCAAAAUUUUUUAUUGAAUACAAAGCCAAAGAAGGAAAAAAAAAUAAAUACAAAAAAAAUCAUAACUUUGCUUCUACUUAUCAUAGAAACAUAAAUUUGAUAUUUUUGUAAAUGGGACACCAAGCUCUAUUUAAUGAUAUCAAUUACAAAACAAUAUGAUCAAAACAAAUUUUUUUGUUGAAGUGCCUAACUCUAGACAUACCGUCACAUAGGGGCAGGGGUAGUGGUAAAAAUAGUAGAGAUCAGUAGUCUGAUACUCUGAGUAGUACUAGUAGUAGUCUCUAUAUAUAAUAAUAUAGAAUACUAUAGAUCUAGAAAUGAAAAUGAAGUAUUUCCAAUGACAAUAUAUGGCUACCUUAUAAUUGAAGCAAGGGAACCUAGACCACAGAAAUAUCAAGUACCAUGAGCUCACAGAUUAAAACCCAGCAACAGGCCAUGGAUAAAAGUAUAUACUGGUCUGUGUUUACUAAAACUUCAGAAGAACGAGCAGCUUGUAACUACUGUUCUCAGGAGCUCUCUUACUUUGGAGGAAUGACUGAAAUGGUGAAGCAUAUGCGAUCCAGACACCCAGAGAUAGAGCUCAAUCCCAUGAUAGAUUUACAUGAGAGCAAUGCCAUCAUCAUUACUACUCAGAAGAGUACUAAAGGUGACGUGAUCGCUACAAUAGAACCAUUGACGGAUGUUAUUAAGGAGGAGUUACAAAUUGACUGGGACAAUCCCAUUCCACUAGAGAUAUCUUUAAAUGAAAGUCAGUUGACAGAGUUACAAAUACAGCAGCCAGCUCCUACCACAAAACGUGUUCUAAAGAAAAGAAGUCGUUGCUGGUCAGUGUUCACUAAAACGGAGGAUAACAAGGUUUUGUGUGGUUACUGCGGUAAAAAGUUUUCUUUCUCUCAUGGGCGCAUCAGUAACAUGAAAAGACACUUGAAGAUGAAACAUGAUGGCCUUUAUCAUGGACUCAAAGUCGAAGAAAUGAAGAAGAAAAAGCAAUCUAUACUACCACCCUUAAUACCAUUUCAAGAAAACUUGAAGCCUAGAUUUGAUAAGCUUUCAAAAAGAACUCCCUCAUUUUUCCAUGCUUCAAUUGAAUCUGAUAUUCCACAAGAUAUGUUGAAUUUAAUGGCAGAAACACAAGAAAAGAUUGGUUUUGUACCCAAUGCCUAUCAAGCUUUAUCACACAGACCUAAUGAAAUGAGAUCAUUCCUAAACUACUAUAACAUUUUGAUGGAAGAUAGAGUUGGCGGUCACCUGACUACAGCUGACAAAGAAAUGAUAUGUAUAGCUGUCAGCGCAUUCAACAAAUGUAAAUACUUCUCUGUGGCGCACAGUGCUCUUUUUAGAAUUUCUACCAGCAAUAAAAUUUUAGCAGAUCAGGUUGCAACAAACUGGGAAACUGCACAGCUAGAUGAGCGUCAGAGAUCUAUCUUACAGUUUGUGAUGAAGGUGACAAAAUGCGAACCAAUCAAAGAUAAGGACAUAGAGGAGCUACGCUGUUAUGGACUUGAUUCUGCAGAUGCUUGGGAUAUAGGGUCCAUUGUCAGCUUCUGUUCACUGUCCAAUCGAAUGGCCUUUCUUACCAACAUGUUACCAAAUGAACAGUUUUAUUCACUGGGGUGGACUGACCAGAAAAUUUUGUUGUAAAUAAAUAUAUUGUUAUAUCUGAAUAUAUUGUUAUAUCUUAAGAUAUUGCUAUAUCUUGUGAUUGAAUUUUAAUUCUAAAUUAAAAUUCUAAAUUAAAAUUCUC